AUGUGCCGAGAGACGACAAGAAGCCUCGCGUAUCCUCAGCUCCCUGUGAAAGUGAAUGCAGAGAGACGACAAGUGUCCUGCCCGACGAGCUAUCGGAACAAUCCUAGUCCGCCUCCCGUUUGCAGACGUUGUCAUAGCAGGCGCCGUUUGUACUCGCCUUCUCGGUGGCGUGGAAUUAUUACUUCCGAGACUUUUCAGAAGAAACUGUUGCUCGGUGUUUCGCAGAGACCAUGGACACUUAGACCACCCCCAUAUGGUUACGACCCUGUCUACAACGUCUGGUACAAGCUCGAACUACCCAUAUUCAUACCAUACUAUCGAUUCGUCAAGUUUGCAUCUUCCACUGGCUUGAUUUCUGUAUUCGUCGUGGAUGAAUGUGGUAUCCCCAGGUUAUAUGUCGGCAACCCCCUUACGAGAAGAUGGAGAGAAAUUGCACAGGGCCCGAGUGUGAAAUCCAUAAACGACACCGACCUUGCGAUCUCGGUAAGUAGGACAACACUAAGUUAUAUAGUCUCGAUCGUGACUACAAAAGAUCUCCGUGGAGUUCUGGCCGGACAGGAAUUUUCGAUUCAUCUCUAUGAUUCCGAAACAAGGAUGUGGGAGACUCGCAUGACAGAGGCCUUGAGAGGUUGGACAAGCGGUUACCAGAGUGCAAUCUGCGAUGGGGUUCUAUAUUUCUUAAUCCAUUCGACGGGCGAUGUUUCACCUGAAAACAGCUGUCGCCUGGUGAUGUGCGACCUCUCCGAACGAUGUUCCAAUGGCCUGUCAGCAAACUUUGUUCCGGUUCCUUGCCCUCGCGCACAUGGACGUCUGAUGAACAUGAAGGAGAAGCUAGUCUUGGUUGGGGGUAUCUACAAAGGCGAUGGAGCAUUGUUCAGGUCGAUUCAGGGAGUCGGCAUUUGGGUCUUGAGUGGCAGGGAGUGGCAUGAGAUUGCUCGCUUGCCUGAUGAUUAUGUUCUAGGAUUGGGAUCUUUUCCUUGGUUACAUAGCUAUGACCUGAAUGAUCUGAUAUACUUCCUGAGGGAACGUGAUCCUUCUCCUCAUAUUGUUACGUUCGACAAGAACCAGAAACAAUGGUCGCGGAACAGCUUUGCCCCGUUACUUUUCCAGGUCGGUGUCGGUUUUUGCUUUGAACCGCAGCUAGACAUUGUUCCAUAA